AUGGAAGAUCCGCUCAACCAGGCGAGUAAGAAAAAGCCCGCCUUUGCGUUCUGGGACAGACAACGCAAGGACAGCACUGCAUCGCUUUCCAACUCGGCAGUCGCUUCCACUUCGGCAUCUUCGUCCACCUCCCCCUCCACAGCGCGCCGCCUUGAUGCUAUUGACCGAGCUUCCUCGUCGUCACCGUCACCACAUCGCCAGCAGCAGCAGCAGCAGGCUGGCUCGAGCCCUCACCAUGGCCUCAGUGGUGUCCAGCGUCUAAUCCAGCAAUACUCGCAAUCUGGUGCAUCCGCUGGUCCGAGCUCUCUGCAUUCCUCCUCUCCCACACGUUCGCUUUCCGGACGACGCAGGGACGCGCCAUCCCCAACACCUAGCCGAAUCGCUCCAAUCCCGGACAGCGCAGCUCCUCCACGCAUCGAUGAGCCGCAUCUCAACGUCGGACAUGCCGACAGCUCAAUUCCGCGCUAUCCCUCUCCGGGCCCACAAGCACAGCUGGUAUCGCACUCAGCACCAUCGGAUCAGCCGAUGCUCGCAUCCGAGCUGGCACGGCAACCGUCGACGAGCGCUAGCAGCGCGUCUCGAUCAACCGCGUCUCGAUCAACCCAUUCGUUCGCGACGCCGACGUCUCGUCUCUCCUUGGACGCCGUCGCACCAUCAACCUCUGCAACCGCGUCGACGUCCCUCGUCCAAGAGCCUCCGCAUGAUGAAUCCACCAAGCAGAGCGAAACUGAAAAGACGCGCAGACGUCGACGCUUGCUGCAAGAGCAAGUGCGCAAACGCCACCUCAAGAGGCGCAGCGCUACCGGCAUUGACCCGAGCCACUCGCCGAACCCGUCAGACCAUGACAGCGAUGCUUUUGUAGACCAAGACUCCUCCUCCUCCUCAGAGCUUGGCGCAGAAGAUGGUACAGCACCGACAGCUACCACCUCAGCAACACUUUCGGUUCUUCCGGACCUGGCAGAUGGCCAUCCGACAGAUAUGAGAGCAGCAUCGGGGCUACCGCCGCCUACCGAAUUGAACCUCGCUUCCGACUCGACUAGGCCCAAGAGCAGCGAGACUGUUCCGGAUGCACAACACGCCCCACACACGCACCUCGUGAUACCAUCCAAGUCAACGGCUGACAAUCUCGACGUGAGCUCGAGCGCGCGAAACGACACGGUUCGUGCUCCAUCGCUCGAGGAUACACGCCCUUGGCUCGAGUUCAGCCCGCUCAUGCCCGAUGACGAGCUGCUCGACAGUCCUGGAAAGCCACCUGCACCCACCUUUGCACUUCCCCAUCAAUCCGCUUCGUCUGAUCUCACCCCUUCGGCAAGCCAGAGCAGCAUCGCCACCGAUCCCAACGCUUCCGGCAGUGCGCGCCCCUCGCCCUCCCGUUCCAACUCUGCCUCCGUCCUCUCCAGCGAUUCGCCAAGGUCGCCUACCGGUCUUGGCUUCUCAACGCCCCCGGGAUACGCUUCCGCAGCCUCGUACCUCGCCAUGAAUUCGCCUACUUCCAAUUCGCGCGGCCAUCGCACCACGAAGCUCCCUCCUCCGCGUCCGUCGCCCCAAGCGCCGCUUCCGCCUCCACCUUCGCUCGCCUCCUCGUCAGCUUCGUCUUCCUCGCGCCAUGUGACUGCUACCGCUCCUCCACGAUCAGCACGUAGCAGUUCCAUUCGCCGCGUUGCGCCGGUGGCAUCGGUGCAGGACGAGCUCGAUGCAGACAUGUUUGGCGCCCAAAGCUCGCGGUCGAGGAGCUACAGCCUCGAACAAGAGGUGGCUGCUGCCGGCGAACAAGACCAUCGCCUCGCCCAACAGUCUGCAGCCCACAGUCAGCAUGCACUCUCGACGAAACCUCGAGCGGACGAGGCCAAGCCUUCCGCGGCAUCCACCUUGGCAGUUCCCAUGAUCCGACAACGUAGCAACUCUUUGCAACGCGCGGAAAGGAACAGCCUCGAGCUUGCCGCAGCUGAGCCGUCCAGAUCUUCGCGAACAUCACCACCAAGAAGCACGCCGCCCAUCGCCAUCGCCAACUCGUCUCGUACCGGUUCGAGCAGGUCCGUAACAGUAGGCAGACCCCGAGGUUUUACCGUGGGCGCAGUGCCAGGACACUCCAACGUCGUGCGCGGAAGCGGUCCGGUUCCGACGCCCGCCAAGUCGCGGCCGAGGUCCCUUCUGUCCAACGAGGUCUUUCCGCUUGAUCUCGCCGAGCCGCGAUACAGAUCCAAAGCUGCCAGAGACGACGACGACGAGAAAGCGCGCAAAACCUACAGCAUGGACAUUGACCGUCGAGUCUCAUCUCUGAGUAUCAACAGCGCUGCUGCGGCCAGAUCCUCGGGUGGACUUGGCACCGGUCGAGGUGGUUUAUCAUCGACCUCUAUAGAGGAACAAGGCGGUGCAAGCAGCACCAGCGCCGAUAGGCUCGUGACUGAGAGCACAGAUCGACGUCCCAGCGUGGGAGGUCGGAGCCGAAGCGGCAGCAGUGCAAGUCUCUUGCAGCAGGUCAACUCGCAGCCCAAGUCGCACGCCAGCUUCGUCAUCGCUGUAGUUGGACAUACGCACUCGGGCAAAUCCACAGUCAUCAAGAAAGGCCUGCGCCAGUUUGGUCUCUCCAAGCCGCACGUCCUGUCCGAGAAGGUAACCUCGCACUCCACCGUGUGUGUUGUCGAUCAAGAGCAAAGGACCAUCGAGGUGCUCGAGAUCGAUGCCUCCGUCUUACUCAACGGCCCCAGCAAGCGCUUCACCUGGCCCAAGUUCCUGCCUCACAUCGACGCUGUCAUUCUCUGCUACGACGCAUCCGAGAUCGCUUCGUUCCGCGGCAUGUCGGAGCUGCUCGAAAAUUUCAGCGUAGCGAACCUGAGCACCGUGAUGCUGGCUUGCAAAUCCGAGGUGCAUCCGAAAGCGGUCGAUCCGUACUAUGCGAGCGACAUGGCCUGCAUCUACAACGUCGGGCUCGCCGAGUGCACCGUCCAGAGCGAAGAGGGCAAGAAGCGCAUGCGCGACUGCUUCUCCUAUUUGGUCAAAGAAGUGGCCAAGGCCCGAUCGGGCCGUGCUCGCCGUGGUCCCGCCAGCACAGUGCCUCCCGCCUCGGCAAGCAUGGCGCCGCAGAGAUCCCUGUCUCCCGGCGCUCCCAACCCCUCAUCUACGCUUCAAAGUCGAACUGCUUCCAACACGUCGCAGACCAGUUCGCAAAAUAGCCUUCCUCGCGCCUUGGACGAGUCCUCCCUGCUCACCAGCGAUGCCAUCGUCCCUGGUCAGUCUCUGUCAACGGCCUCACAUCACGAUCUGCUGCAUUCGCGCGGCUUCAGCGAUGCUAGCUCGAACCCUAGCGUUGCUGCAGGAGGGCGAGACGAUGGAUCCACCAGUGCCACCGGCACAGCUCCAGGUAUCGAUUCUGCGGCCUUGGCGAUGAAUAAGCUCGACUUGAACGCGGAUCCCUCGACAGAGACUCCAUUCAAUGGCGCCGUAGCAGCUGCCGAUCCAGGCACGCUUUCAAACGCUCGCAAGAUGAGCGCUGCCACUGUUGCUUCUGCCGUGUCGGACGCACCCAGCUUCCAUUCUGACGAAAAUGGCGGGGCUAAUGACAGCCUUCAACGAGCGCAGCUGGGUCUGCAAAACGCCCGGUCAAGCGGCGGCUACGUCUCGAUUGAGCAGCUGUGGGAUAAGCUCUUCCACGCCGCCAUUUCGAGGACCGACGAACGCUUCGUCUCGAUGUUUAUGGUCUUCUUCCGUGGCUUUGCCACCCCCAUGGACUUGCUCCGGCAGAUGGUGGCACGGUACGAGACGCUCUCGGCCGAGGAUGUAGCCAGCGGUGUGGUGCACCGCUUCGCUCUGAUCAGGCUCGCCAACAUGCUUGGCGAUUGGGUGCUCGACUAUCCAGGCGACCUGAGCGACCCGGACACGCACGCGCUGCUGGUCCACUUCCAUCGUCAGCUGCUCCAAAAUCCCGACACGGUGCAUACUGCCUCGCAGAUCCGUGCCGCAGUCGAUGCGACCGCCUAUGCUGCCGAUCCGGAUGCGCUCUGGAGCAAAGCGGUCAACAGCUAUCAGACACGGCACAGGGGUAUCGCAGCGGUCAUCGCAGAAGCACAUGCAGCGGCUGCAGGCGUCGACGUGGAUGUGGGUGGAGCACUGCCGACCAGCCAUUCGAGCGGCAGCGCUGGAGGUUUCAUGCCUUCUUCGGGCAAUACGAGCCACGACUUUGACGGCGAGACAGCUUCCGGCGCCGACGUCCUUGAAGAGCAUGAGCGCACCGGGUCAGAGAGCAGUCUGCCGCUGCAAGCGCACGACAUGGCUGCUGGUGGACGCUCUCGAAGCGCUUCGGAUCUCACGACGUCGUCGUCGGACGGCGUCGAUGCGUUCUACAAGGACGCCAAGCAGAGCAUGGCUUCUUCGUCACUCGUGGGCAGCGCCAUCAGUAGCGUCAGUGGUCAUACGCAGGCUUCGAGCAACGGUGCAAGAUCAGGGUCAUCACCAGGCGGUGGUGCAGCCACCCACACUUCUGCAACGUUGUCGACAGUCCCGACAGCAGGCAGUGGAGGCGGCAACGAGGCGAACGCAAGCGGGCCCGGACGUGCUCUGGAUCAGAAGUCGGCGCUGCGCAGCAUCUCCAACGUCCUCAUGGAAGUCGACGACGAGAUCAUCGCCACGGAGCUGACACGGCUCGAGUGGGCAUUCUUCACCGCCAUCCGGCCACGAGAUCUGCUCCGACACAUUCUCGUUCCCCACGAUAGACGCGAUGGACCCGUCUCACGCUCCAUUUCGCACUUCAACUACAUCUCCAACUGGGUCUGCUCGAUGAUACUGGCGCAGAGCAAGACCAAGCAUCGCGCGCGCAUGCUCGAAAAGUUCUUCAACAUCGCCUCGAUCUUGCGCCACGACAACAAUUACGGCUCCCUCAAUUCCGUGCUGGGCGGAUUGAGCAAGACGGCUGUUCAUCGAUUGAGACAGACGCGCGAGUUGCUGAAAGGCAAAGCCGUGAACAAGGCGUACCAGAGUCUCGUGCGUCUCAUGUCGAACGAACGCAGCAGUGCAGCCUAUCGGUUGGCGCUGGAGAACUCGGAUGGACCCACCAUCCCGUACGUCGGCGUGCACCUGCAGGACAUUAUCAGCAUAUCCGAUGGAAAUCCGAGCAAGCGUGCCAGCGAUGGAAUGAUCCAUUGGAGGAAGUUCAGUCUUAUGGAUGAGGCCGUCAUGGCGGUGGCAAAAUGUCAGCAGUACGACAGGUACAUCAAGCCGAAUCCACCGGUGGAAAGGUUGAUCGUGGACGUACCGGUGAUGGAUGACGAAGGGAUGUACGAGAGGAGUCUUGCUGUGGAGCCGAGGAGUGGUGGAGGCGGUGGUGGUGCGAGUGGCGCUGCAGGCAAGAUCAAGGAUCUGAAGACUUUCUUGCAGGGUUAG